GUCUGUGUGUUCACGCACACACAUGAGAGACACAGAGAGAGAGAGAGAGAAGCGGUGAUGAUGAUUUGACGGGUGGAAAUCACAGCCAAGCAGAUCGAUCAGACACCGAUCUGUCCUGUGCGCCCAUACGAAACACCCUGAUCCUCCUCACCUUGUGCUGCGUAACGGAUUACCUGCAGGAUUUUUAUUUUUUUCAUCAUUGAUAUUGCUUUUAUCCUUUUUUUUUCUUUUUUUUGCAUUUUGGGAUUAUCCGCACGAAGGGAUCUUUAAACCGUCGCUGCUGUUAGAACAAAACGGAUGUCAGUGUGGUGGUUAGAGAUGGGAGAGGGUCUGGGGCCGCUCUCCCCUGUAGGAUGGUAGCCGACAGCACAGUCGAAGGCCAUGACAAGACCCACUUGUCAAGCUCAUCGUCGUCAUCCUCGUCCUCAUCAUCCUCGUCCUCGUCCUUGUCCUCAUCCUCAUCCUUAUCGUCAUCGUCUUCCUUGUCCUCCUUGUCCUCGCUGUCAUCAUCACUGGCCGGGCACGAGCUUGCUCUCAGCCCUCAACGCACAGAGUCGGAUCAGCUUCAGCGUCGGGCAGCUCCAGAGCCGAACCCGAGAUCAGUGUCUGUUCCCUCCGUGUGCCUGACCCACUUCCCCACCUUCUCCAGGAAAGAGGACUACAACAUCAUCACAGACACAGCGGCCAAGCUUGAGCGCAGCGGCUUCUACUGGGGUCCUCUGGGAGUGGAGGACGCCCAUCGCAUGUUGCGGGACGCUCCUCUGGGAAGCUUCCUCAUCCGUGACAGCCGUCAGAAAGACGUCUUCUUCACGCUGUCCUACCACGCCAAGAGCGGUCCGGUCAGCGUGCGCAUCGACUACAAGCGGCAAAAGUUCUCACUGGCGGGCAACGAGCGCUCUUUCCCGACACUUUUCGCCCUCUUGGAGCAUUACAUCAAUUCUCCAAAGAAGAGCCUGAGUGUCCCCUAUAGGAAAUGGCAACCGUCUCUGCAGGAGCUUUGCAGGAAGCGCAUCAUGGAGGUGUGUGGUGGAGCAAGCCUGGUUUCAGAGCUCCCUCUCACCCAUGUUGUCCAAGACUUUCUGUUGGAAUUCCCUUACAAACUAUAAGAAGCUUGACUAAAGUUUUGAUAGUAUUAUUUCUCAUUUCAAGGACGCAGUUUUUACCAAGUAGCGGUAAACAGGAGCGUUUGGUGAAGCCUGCCCAUCGCGUGCUGGAUGUUAAGACUGUAUCGCCGUGGUAUCAGAUAAAAA